GUCAUAUGUGCGAGCAGCUGAAAAAAGGGAAAAAAGGAAAAUAAGGAAAACAGCAAAACAGCGCAGCACGUACACUAUAUACGAAUUAUACAUACUACUACUUUCGGGUGCACACGGGAAGCACCGAGAAAUCGUGCCAGCCGAGUUAGUGCAGUGGCCGUGCCCGUGAUCGUAAAGGAAGUAUCAAAUCGAAUUCCUUUUCUUCCAACCACUGCUUCCUUACACUCGAUGGCGCUAGCAGGAGUUAACCGUACGGCCGGAGCAAACAUUCACGACGUCAGCUAGGAGGAAAACCGUGCGUGUGCUUGUGGUGUGUGGCCAUCGUUUCGCGGAAAAGGAUAGGCUGCCUGCUGUUUCGGGAACAGGUGUAUCUGAAUCAUUUUCCUGGAAGGACUGUGGUCCACUUUUCAGCACCCUCGAGCACGCAUUCCUGCGGAACGGAAGCGGAAGUGCUGCUAGCGGGUGGACAAAGGAAGUGCAUCAAAUUGUGUGGACCAAUUCCCAAACCCUACCCCCGCAGGGGUAGUAACUGUGUGCCAAUGUACGUACAAUCCGUGCGUGCGUAUACGUGUAUGUGACCGAAUCGGGGAGAGUUGGUUGAUUGUUUGCUAAAUUGUUGCGCCCUCACCCCCGGCCACUUUGACCGUAUCCGCACCGUGUUUAGGUCCGACAAGUCCGGGCUGGAUGAAGAAGCACAGCACAACGUAGGGUAAACGAAGAAAACCACAACCACAUCUCGCUUGCGUGCCAUCGGUGCAUUAUUGUGCGUGUUGAGUGUAAAAUUAGUGUGGUCGAGCGUGUGUGUGUGUGUGUGUGUGUUUGCGUGGGCUACAUGCCAAAGGUCAGACUGGGUGAAAACCCGCAUCUCAGUCCAGCUACUCCAAGCGCAGUUUGGAUGUAACAGCGUUCCCCAGCGUAUCGGCAGCAAACUCCUCGAGCAGCAGUACAUCUCCCCCCGACCGGAUUCGGAACAUCCUUUUCGGCACGAGACCACUGGCUCUCUCGCACUCGCGCUUGGCACGAUGGACGAACUGAGCGAAGCGGAACUACGGUACUACAAUGAUCUGUUCAAAAUCUGCAGCGAAACGGACGGUGCGGGGAAAAUUCCGGCCCUUAAAGCUACCUCACUGUUCCGUUCGGCCAAUCUGUCCAACGAAACCAUCAACAAGAUUACGGCACUGGCUGGCAUCCCGCAGACGGCGCUCCAUUUUUCCCGACAACAGUUUUACGGCUGUCUCAAGCUAAUCGCCGCCUUCCAGGCAGCCGUGCCACUGCGUGAAGAAAUCCUCACCACCUCGGUCAACCUGCCGCUGCCCCAGUUCAGUUGGAUCGAUCCAGUGACAGGACCGGCCGGUGCUUCGGACUCUUCUACCAUCAGCUCGAGCGUUUCCGCUUCCGUUGCUGCCGGUGGCGGUAGCCAGACGGGCACACUGGAACGAAAUGGCUACUCGGAGGUAAACAAUCGCUCCUCACUAAAGACGGGUGGUGGUGCGGGUAGCGGUGGUGCUGGAGGUAGCACCACCACACAGGACAGCAGUGCAUCGACCGGUGGGGAGAUGACAAACUCCGACCAGCCCAGCACCGAUUCCGAGGUGGAACAUAACGAUGAUCCCGUGAAUAUGAUCCGCGGUGAGCGCGACCGGCACACGGUGGGCAUGCUGAAGGGUGGAGGAAUUGUGAUGAUCGGCAACAGCCAUCCGAUGGUGGGAGGAGGAGGAGGCGGAGGAGGGCACGGUGGUGGUGGUGGUGGAUCGCCCGAAGCGUGGAGUACGGCAAGCGACAGCCCGACGCCAACGAACAGUGUGGCGGAACGUCCGUGGGCCAACCAGACCCUGUGGCAGGGGUUGGUGUGCGAGGAGCAGCGGCAGCUGCUGGGCACGGAAGAGGAAUCGUCCGAUCGGCACAGUAGCGACGAGGACGAGCAGGAGAUCGAUCUCGAGUAUUUCUAUCAGAUUUCGCAAACGCAGAAAGAUUACUAUCUGAAGCAGUUCCGCUCGAUUCAGCCAGAUGUGCACGGGCUGGUGACGGGACCGGUGGCAAGAGUAUUUUUCGAAAAAUCACGCAUCCCGAUCGAUGAACUGCGGCACAUCUGGCAGAUGUGCGAUGUGACGAGAGAUGGAGCGCUAAACUUGGCCGAGUUCACCGCCGCCAUGCAUCUGGUGGUGCUGCGUCGCAACAACAUCCCCGUACCGGCCACACUCCCACCCUGUCUGAUGCCCACGCUUCUGCAACAUUCGCUGCUGCAGCCAGGCGCUGGCUCGGGUGGAACUUCCGGCACAACCGGAGCAGUUACGGCCGCUGCUUCCGGCGAGCUCUCGGCAGCAGCAGCCAGCACGUCGGCGAACACAUCCGCAUCGAACGAAAGAACCGAACCGGCCGAAGCUGAUCUGCUGCAUCUCGAAAGUGAUGACAACGUGGAAAGCAGCAACCGGAAGCGGUUCGAUGCACACAAAGACUACCAGCGUAUGGUGCCGGUACCGGACUCGCUAGCCUUCGCGAAGGUUACCUCGACCGGGAGCGGGAAUGUUAAUGCUGGUGCAGCACACGACACCAGCCCACCUUCCGUGUCGUCGACGACCGGGAUAGGUAGCAGCACUGGUUCCGCUUCCGUCGCGAAUGCAACGAAGGGUAGCAGCAGUGGUAGCAACAGCAGCAGUACGGCCCUCUCCACGACUGGCGGUCGAAAAACGCCACCGAACGUUUCGCCACCGGUGCUAGCGCAACAGCAGAACGUGACCGGUUCGGGGCAGAAGGUGAAACCGCCUGCCGAACAUACGGUAACGCCGCCCAAUACUAAACCAACCAAUAAGGAGUGGAACUCAACCACGAAAGAAUGGACCAAAUUCAUGGAAUCUCCCACAUCGAACGUCUCUAGUCCGGGUCCAAAGCCGGUCAACUUUGAUCUGCAGCGAACGACGCAAGCGAUCGUGUCCAAUCCACACAUCGUGCAUCCUGUUCCGCUGCGUGUAACACCCGUCGGUGCCGAAGCAGUCGAUAAUGGAAGUCUAGUCUACGGCAGCGACCUGCCGGUCGGAACUGGUGGCCUGAUGGUGGUACAAUCGAGGGACGAUUCCAGCCCCAAGCAGCAGCAGCAGCAGCAGCAGUCAGCAGCCCAACAGCCACAAUCACAGCAGCAGUCCCACCAUCACAGCACGCCCCGGGACUCGCUCACCAGCAGUGGCGAUCUACGUGCCAUCCAAAGACCGCAACCGAAGAAGCCCCCGUCGAAAGGGGUCGGUGCGAUACCGCCCCCACCGCAGCGCGAUUCCGCUGCGGCCCAUCCGGCACACGCGGGUAACGAAUCGAUGACCAUAUCGCUCGAUGCGUCCGGUUUCGCGGCGAGUUGCAGUGCCGGGUCGGCCGGCUCCACCACCCAACCGAGCACAAUCGAGCGUUUACCGAAAAAGCAGUCGAUCGAUCAGCAGCAGCCCCAGCCACCACCGCCCCUACCCCCGCCAAGACCCUCCACCCAUCGCCAUACGCGCAGCAGCAGUUUGGAUCUGAACAAGCUGAAGCUGACGACGAACAGCGCGUCCGUGGCACCGAUUAGCGAUCCGCUCAAGAUGCCACCACCGCCGGAAGUGCCGCCGAGGGUAACGCCGACCGGUGAGGCACCGAGCGGCACCGGUCACCGGCAGGCGCACGGAUUCGCGGACUUCACCCACUUCCCAAGCGGUGCCGGUGGAACGCAUCGUAUCGGGUCAAUGGGCGACUCGAGCAACGUCACAACGAUUCAUCUGGACGCGGCCGGCAACAUGACGCAUCAUUCCACACCGCGCGGUUCCGGCACGCUGCCGAAAUCGCUCGUCAUGCACCAACCGCGCAACAGCGCGUUCGAGGUGUACCGCAAACCGCACACCGACGGUCGGCUGGCGGCUCGCGGUUCUCAGUCACCACCGCACCAGCAACAACCGCCCCUGGUAACGUCGCGCAGCGUUGAAUCGUCCGCGGUGGUGUCGGGCGACUACGACAAGCGUAUAUCGGCACUGAGUGACAGUCUGAGGCAGGUGCGGUUCAAGGCGAACGAUCCGCCGCCCGUUAUGCCGGAUGUGUUGAAACAGCUGAAGGAGCAAAAUUUACUGCUGCUCCGAAUAUGCAACGAUUUGAGCGAGGAGCUGCUGCACAUUCAGCAGAAACGCGAAGACAUUCGCAUCAAGAUCGAGCUGCAGGAGCAAAUACUCGGUGGAGGAAGUUCCGGGUCGGGCAGCCUGUCAACCGGGCCCUCCUCGUUGCCGGCCGUAUCUUCCCAUUCGCACCAUUCGCAUCAUCACGCGAACCUAUGAACCGAUACGGUUACGGGUUGAACUUUUUGUUUAGGUAUCGAGUUGGGGUUUCGUCGUUCUCCCCCCCCCCCACUCAGCACUCUGGUUCGCACGAAAGCCAUAUAGAUAGCUAGCUCGAUAGGACGCGGUCCACCAAAAAUGUUAAAUCUCGAAGCGCAACCCGAUGGCGUGAAUGGCGUGUGUUGCUGUUAGUGGAUUAAUCUAUCUCAUGUUGUAAAGUUGAUACUCAUGCUUGCUACGAGUCCUCUCGGUUAGGGAGGGGCAACACACAUUACAGUGGUUGUGUUUAUCUGCUUAAAUGUACAAAAAACCCAAGCUUGGCUUACCUGCAUGUUGCUUACCCGCGCUCAAUCUUUACCCCAUGUUUGGGUGAACCUGCCCCUCCCCUAUAGAGACUACAUUUGCUGUACAUAACCACGCUGUACUUUCCGAUCUGCACACCAGAAACAGAACACUCAUCACCGUAUAUCGAAAUCAUGUUGGCAAUCGCGAUAUACACCCUUUACUAAGUGGACAGUGUUGCGAAAAUGGGUGAGUAGUAUGGUCCAAGCUCUCCAGGUUAGCCUAGCUAAGUUCCUCUCCCUUUCAAGUCUGUAUAACUUAUACCCCGGCUGCUCAUCGAAUUUGCUUACCCGUCGGUUGGACCUGGGUUCGUACAAACAGCACGUCUUUUAUUAGCUUCUCGAAUGCAGGUAGCGCUCGAAGGGUAAUUAGGUAUCAUCGUCGUCGUCGUCGUCGGUCGAUUUAAUGUGCUUUAAAUCGUUAAACAAAAACUGUGUGUGCAUGCUGGCAAACGGGAUCACUGUUAACUAUUAACGCAAAAACAAAACACAGAUAUCGUACGAUGCCAAGGAUGAUGGCGCGUGUGCGAAUGGUUUUAAAUCUUAACAUAUUUUAAUGCACAUUUAGUGUAGCUAUUUAGUGUAGGACCGAGGCGGUAAACGCAACAAGAUUACAACGGAGAUGCGAGAUUUGCGCCGCGAUCUUUAUAUCACGAUGGUAGUAACUAGUAGCAGCAGUAGGUUGGAUCAUUCGUUCAGUGAUCAGCGCCAGUUUCCUUUCCGUGCUAAAAUACAAAACGAGCUGUAAGUAAAAGAAGCGCGAGAAGCCCGUUAAACGCAAAGUAAAAUAUUAUAUAUCUAAUAUAUGUAUAUUCAUAUAUAUAUGUAUAACUACCAAAAGAAACCGCACACACUAGCCGACGGUGCAAACGAUCAUCGUGUGCGAAUUUAAACGUAACGUUCGUCUACUGUCUAUCAUAACUACACGGGGACGCGCGCAUGUGAUGAGGCGAAACAGCGCAAACAAUGUGAGUGUGUGUUUGUUAAGUUAAGUUAUUCUUCAAAAAAGGUUGAUUCAAUCUAAGAACCACCACACACACGCAACACCCGAAGCUUGUUGUUGGUUGCAUUUUGUUGUGUGACUGCUUGUGUAAAAGGGAAGGAAUCAGUAGAACCUCCCCCCACCCGUGAGGUCUAUUUUAUACGAAUACGAAUUACAUGAUGCGUUAGGACUACUAGAUCAAUAUUAAAAAUUCCCCAAAACGAAUCGUAAAAAAAUGAUGAAGAGCGAGAGAGAGAGACAGACAGAGAUUAUUUAUAGAGUGGAAAAGAUGUCUGUGUGUGUGUGUUUGUGUGGGAAAAAGCGAUAAAAAGUUCUAUAUAUAUUUUUCAAACAAUCCUCCCAGAAACAACUUAUAUCGCGAAGUAAUUAUCGGCGUCAAAUUGUGCGUUCGAAGCUCUUUAAGGCCUGACGAUGACUGACGAAGUAUUGACGAAGGCGCUACGGACGCUCGGUUUAGGGAAUUAUAAGGCAAAGGUUCCGACGAGGAAGUGAUCGCCACUGGAUGCAAUUUUAGGAUGUCUCAGGCUCUGUUCGGGUUCGGUCCGGUGGCAGGGCCGGGGUUCAAAUCCCAUCCAGACCGCCUCCUCACCGUACGUAGGGCUGACUACUUUGCUACGGGUAAAAUCAAGUCACAGAAAGCCAGAAAUGGCAGGCCGAGACCUCUCUCGAGGUUGUAGUGCCAAGGAAGAAGAAGAAGAAGGUUCUAAUUUACUUUUUCUCCACAAAAAAACUGAACUUCUUUUACGAAGAUUUUAUGCGACAAAAAAUCGUACCAACAAAGGCUGCUACUGUUGCGGUUUCGGUUUACUCAGCUGCUGCUGCCACUGCUGCUGCCACUGCUGCUGCUGAGUGCUGCUGUCGGUUGGUACAGUGAAGCGCGUAUCAUAAAUUCGUUUAAUUCCUUUUCUUUUUCUCUUGGUCCCACUCCCUUUUCGUCGUUACAAGAAAUGAAUGACAUGUUCAAUGUCAAUGAUGCCCAUAGUGAAAGAGCCCCUAUUUUGUGCUGUGUGUGCGGUUUGCAUGACUCGCGGAACCUGGAUAGAGACGGAGCGAGCGAGCGAAAGAGAGCGAUGGAGGAAGUAAGAGACGGUUGAAUAAAAUCGAAGCAUGUGUCAUUCUCCAGAAAAAAAA